AAAGAUGAACAAGUAAAAAGUACCUAAGUAGAUAGAGUGAACAAGAACUUGGGUACCUCCAGUCCAUAGGGACGAAUAACAGGCCGGAGAUAAAAGUGACGCGCUCGGUGUUAAACCCGAAGAGGCAUUUUCGAUUUUUGCCUGGAGAAGAACGUCCAGGUUCAUCAGAGCAAUCAUGACAUGGUUACAAUUCUGCCUGCCAGGUAUACUUACAACGUUCGCCGCCUUGUGAUAUGAUCAAGGUCUUGUGCUCUAUACUUCCAAACCUCUUCUGAUCAACACUCGUCGUGCAAAUAUGGAGAGCAUGCGUCUGCUCCAGCGCACAGCUCUCGCACAGCUCCUUGAAGCGAGGCCUGCCGCCCUCCGUCGCGCCUUUCAUCAGGUCGAACGAGCGUCAUCACAGCCCCUGCGCACAAGAACGGUCCCGCACGGCAUCCAGGCAAGAAGAUCAUAUCACAGUAAUCCGCAGCAGUUCUCCCGUCCAACACUCUCAACCUCCUCUUCUCCAUUCCGCACUCCCACGCGCCGCACACCUCACACCACCAUCGGCCGACCCUCGAGCAACACACACCACUACAACCGCCGCAACGGAGGAAGACGAUGGAAUUCGACCUCGUCGACCCCAGAGGAAAAGUUAACUCUAUCACAACGGCUGAAGAAAUUGUCCCGUGAAUACGGCUGGUCCGCGCUGGGUGUGUACCUCUUGCUGACGGCGGCCGACUUUCCCUUUUGUUUUCUGGCGGUGCGCCUACUCGGCACUGACCGCAUUGGACAUUGGGAGCACGUCGUUAUUGAGACGGUUAAGUCAUGGGUCAAGUGGCCACUGCCAGCCACUGCACAGACCCAGCUCAACUCGGCGGGUGACUUGAUAGAAGAGGCUCUCCGCAUCGACGGCGACAAGGCCUCCACAGAACAGCACACUACUUCACCAAGGCUACUUGAGGAAGGCCAGGAGCAGCAUGACGAUGCUGAUGAGGUUGAGGAUCACGGGUACAAGGCGGCCCAGGCGGCGAAUUCUGGCGCCAAUGCUAGUAUCUGGACACAGCUCGCUCUCGCCUACGCUAUCCACAAAUCCUUCAUCUUUAUCCGUGUCCCACUCACCGUCUCCAUCACCCCUAAGGUCGUCAAAACUUUAAGAGGCUGGGGAUGGAAUAUUGGCAAGGUCCCGAGCCGAAAGGGCAUUCAAGGCUCCAGUUCAAGUCCUGGUUCUAGCUCCGGUGCAACUGGUGUCAACACCAAAGGCAGCAAGGUCAAGCCCGAUGAUUGAACCCAGUGAGGUGUUGCGUAGGUACCACGGGUGUAUGGCACGGCAUGGCAAAGACAGGGCAGGGCAGGUCAAGCAGAGAGAGCUUGUCGGGCUAAGGUCCCCCUCGUCCAUUUGUUUACAACAGACUCCUCUCGCACAUCUUGUACAACACCACCAGACAAAAGACGGAGAUGACUGAAUCUGGCACAUGUCGCAAAGCCAUUUGACCACAUGAUGCAGAUAUUAAAUAAUGUACAUGCUUAUUCUUUGUCUGUCUCACGAGACAAGCUAGCUUCUCUCC